AUGGCCAAGCCAGCCUUCCGGGAGAUCCGCGCGUCCCACGACGACGAGUGCAUCACAGUCUAUCAAGAAUACAACGCUUCCAUCGCCGAAUCGGCCAUUGAAAGCCAAAAACUCUCCGCCUCGCCCUUAUACCGCCCCGGCCGAGCAACAUGGAUCAAGCCUUCUUGGUGCUGGAUGAUGUACCGAAGCGGCUACUCGCUUCUCAAAAAUGCCUGUCCUGCUGGCGCUCCGCAUGCGAGAGGCGAGAGCGUAGUUGUCCAGUGGGAUCCUGAGAGGGGACCGAGACUUGAGAGGUUGGAGUAUAGGGGUAUUCAAAUUGGGAUUCCUGGGGGUGUGAGGGAUCAGUGGAUUGAGGAGUGGAUUGAGGGUAUUGAGGAUGUUACGCAGAUGGCGAGGGAUAUGAAGAAGAAGUUGGAUGAGGAUCUUACGAUUGGGGUGGAAGAGCUUGUCAGACUUGGCUUGAUGCCGGACGAGCGAUUGUAUAGGGUUGACGACGAGGUCUUUGAUCGGCUCGGGAUGGCUUCGCAAAAAUAA